UUUUAUUUAAUUCUGUACCGAAUUUGUUUAUAUAUGGUUGAUACGAUGCAUCAAUAUCUUGGUCUUUUAAUUUCAACACUUUCGCUUUAUUCUACGUGUUCACAAUCUUACACGCCCGACGGUUAUAUUGGUUGCUUUAGGGACUUUCAGUAUAGAAUUUUAGACGGGGACAGACGCAUUUCAAAUACAAACAGCGGGGACGAAUGUAUUCGAUUUUGUAGAAGUAAUGGAUACAGAUACGCUGGCACUGAGUUUCGUAAUGAGUGUUAUUGUGGCUAUCAAAUACAACUCAAGAUUCCUACCAAAGCCUGCACAUUUACUUGUGCAGGUAACAAAAAUGAAAUAUGCGGAGGUGAUUGGAGUAUAUCAGUGUACGAUAUUAAACGUACGUAUACAGUUAUACUAUUACAUGCUUUUCGAUGGUUUAUAGAAAUAUAUCAGUGAAUUAAAACUGAACUGAUAGUUUCAUUGUUUGAUACAGUGAAAUUAUCAAUUGAUAAUUUCACUGUUUUGAAUUUAAGCCCCUUACGUUGUUUCAGUGAAAUACCAGCGUACACAGAACUGGAAACCAACUAAAAACAUGACGUCGUAGAUGACGUCACGAAUUAUAAUUAUUUGACGGGCUAUUCAUUUAUUAUUAGGUAACAAUGUCCUUUUUAACGUUUGAUUGCAUGUAAUAAAAAGAAAAUUUGUUUAGUUUAGUGUAAGAUCGAAAUAUAUUUCACCUCGUGUACACCAAAAGUUCACAUUUCACUCGUGGCUGCGACACUCGUGAAAUAUACCUUUUGGUGCUCACUCGGUGAAAUAUAUUCCGAUCUUACACUGAACUUAACAAAUAUCCUCUAUAUAACUUUCGUUUAUAGAGAAAUAUAUUGUAAACUGUCUCACUGAAGGCAAAUUGAGCA